GGCAGCUGUCACUGAGGGAAGGUGGGGACUGGGGAUGGGGGCGGGCAAACAGAGACAGCAUCUGUGAAUAAACAGUGUGGGAGGAGGGAAAGGGGCUGUCUUCCUUGUGAGACUGAGUAAUGAGCCGAGACCCAUCAGUUUUGCUAUAGAGCUAAAGGCGGAGCAGGGAGAGAAAGGAUCUGUGCUGCUCCUGUGAGUAUUCUUUCUCCGCUUCUGCCGAGCUGUAGAAUCAUCAUGAGGAGUUUAUUCACCCUCCUAUUUCUUGGUGCUUUUCUGGCAUCUGCACAACCAGAGCUCGAUCUACUAUCCCUGGAGGAACUGGGCUCAGACAUUGGAAUUCAAGUCUUUAACCAAGUGGUUAAGAGCAGGCCGCAUGAAAAUUUUGUAAUGUCACCACAUGGAAUCUCAUCUGUGCUGGGCAUGCUGCAGCUUGGGGCAGAUGGGAAGACUAAGAAGCAAUUGAUGACUGUCAUGCGGUAUAAAAUCAAUGAGGUUGCCAAAAGCCUAAAGAAAAUUAACCGGGCCAUCGUUGCAAAGAAGAAUAAAGAUAUUGUGACGAGUGCAAAUGGAGUGUUUGCCAGCAGUGUGUUCAAAAUGGAGAGCUCCUUUGUCUACAAGAAUAAAGAUGUCUUUCACAGUGAUGUCAGAAGUGUUGACUUUCAGGAGAAGAACACAGCUGCUUCCAUUAUUAACCAGUGGGUGAAAAAUCAGACUAAUGGGAUGAUAGAAGGACUGAUCUCACCAGAACUAUUGGACAGUUCUGUUACACGGCUGGUACUGGUUAAUGCUCUGUAUUUCAAGGGACUCUGGAAAUCUCGCUUCCAGCCAGAAAACACAAAGAAACGCACCUUUCAUGGACCAGACGGAAAAGACUAUCAAGUGCCUAUGUUAGCCCAGCUGUCGCUGUUCAGAAGUGGCUCUGCAAGUACACCCAAUGGUCUUUGGUACAAUGUCAUCGAACUUCCUUACCAUGGAGGAAGCCUUAGCAUGCUAGUGGCAUUGCCCACAGAAGAGAGCACGCCUUUGUCUGCCAUCAUCCCCCACAUUAGUACCAAAACCCUGCAGAGCUGGAUGACUAUGACUCCAAAGAGAGUUCAGCUCAUCUUACCAAAGUUCAGUGUGGAAGCCGAAGCUGAUCUAAAAGAGCCUCUAAGGAACUUGGGUAUCACAGAGAUGUUUGAUGUAUCAAAAGCCAACUUUGCAAAGAUCACAAGAUCAGAGAGUCUCCACGUCUCGCACCUGCUCCAGAAAGCUAAGAUAGAAGUAAAUGAGGAUGGUACAAAGGCAUCUGGAGCCACAACUGCAGUUUUGAUAGCAAGAUCAUCGCCCCGUUGGUUUACAGUGGACAGGCCAUUUUUGUUUUUUAUCCGACAUAAUCCUACAGGUGCUGUGCUCUUCACAGGGCAGAUUAACAAGCCUUGAGGGGAAGGCGUUCCUGCAUCCUGAUUCCAGUGCUAGAUAUUUGUACAUUGCCCUGUUUUUUUGUGAACUCUUAUCAUUUUUUAAACAGAACGUUUCACUGUAUUUGUAAUGGUUUUCGUUAACUUUGUUUUGAUAACGCAGAUUGACGGCACACUUGCUAAGGGGGUUAUUUUUAACUACUGAGUGUUUGUGGCUUUGUUAGGUUUUUUUAUCCAAUUUUUUUUUGUUUCCACAUUUUAAUAUAUGUAAUUAUUCCCAGAAUUUCUCGUUAUUUUGAAAGCCAGUUGUAUAUUAAAGUGGUGUAACCCGUAGGCCAGCUGCUUCUGUGGUAGGGGAUGUUUUGGCUGAGUGGAGAGUAUUACUGCUUUAGUCUCCAUACUUUCACUGAACGUAGAAAUCUUGCAGGUGCUGGGACGCAUUUUCAGCAAAGAGAAAUUUGUGCCCCAGUGCAUUUAUCAAUAUCAGCCAAUCAGACACUGUUUUAUUGUCUGACUUACAGCAAACUCCAUUCAGUUUGCUGUCUGGUUGCUGUAGGGCAAACUUGCAGCGAUGUCACCCGAUCCUUCGUUUAGGGUUUUCUUAUAAAAAUGACAAAUUCUUGCAGAACCAUUGUCCGUUGACAUAAAUCAAUGAGAAUUCUAUAAGAUUUUAUUUCCUGCUAACCAUGCCCCAGAGUAGAGUAGAAUAUUUGGCCUAUUUAUUUCAGAUACAAAGGAUGUUCUUCCACAUCAAAUCCACUAGGAGCAAUACUGUUCCUUUACAGCAGGGGUGUUCAGCUGACAGCCAGAACAGCUACAGGAGGGCUAUGUCUGCUAUAAUGCACCCCAUCCCCGCCACUGAUUGGCUAAAAUAUUGAUUUCCUCUGUGUAUCGAGUAUUUUCCAGUCUGCAGUAAAGGUUACACCCAAAGCCAUUUUAAUUCCCUUUGGAGUUGCUGGCCUUGUUUAACAUUGAUUAAGAUGAAAGUGUCCAGUUUUUAUAUUGUGUGUAACACCAUGCAUGUGUUCAUUGAAAUAAACUAAAUUAACAUUUGUAUGGCAUUAAAGACUGCAGCGCCCACUCUGGGGUGCGAUUCAAAUAAAACUAUUGGAUUGGAUUGCUUUUA